AUGUCAACUAGUACUAGUACGACACUUGCAAAUAGUCAUAGUGUCAACGGUAAGCAAUCACCGUCGUCCGGCAGCUUGAAUGGAAGCAACGCGAAUGGAUCGUCGACACCACAGAAUGCAGUACCACAAUCGAUGAUAACCAUAGCCAGUUCACCAUCGAUCGGAAAGGUGAAUGCACCUGGUUCACCAUUACCAUCGUCGCCAGGCAUCAAUCAUAGUGGUACCGAUCAGAUCCAACAACACGCUUCUCUAAAUAAUACAUUGGCCAACAACCCGAAUUACCAAGACAAUAGAGUCAAGAUUGACUACAACUUUGAUGAGUACGAGGAUCAGUUCUUUGCAAAGGCAAUCAUCAAUGAUCCACUUAAAAUAUCACUCAUUCCAGAUCUAUUACAUGUCAACUCUGCAAAGCGACAAACAAAAAUCGUUGGUCCAAAUGUUCCUGGCGAUAUUGUACAACAUAAAUUACCGGUUGGAGUUCAAGAAUCGAUUCAGGUUUUCAAUCAAGAUUGGACAGUUGUUACAAGAGAUGCAAUGCCGAUACCGGCACUCGGAUUGAAUCAACUGAAACCACUACCAGUACAAUCGUAUGAGAUCGACGGUGACUACGACAAUAAGGAUCCAAAGCUAGUGGAAACACUCAAUCAAGAGUUGGUACAGAUUGCAGCUGCAUCGAAUCUCGAGUUUAGUAAGGUAACAGAGGUACUGAAGAAUCAGAGAUCACCAUUGUUUCAAACCUAUUUCUCCGAUGAAUUGCCAGCGAUCGAUCAACCAAAGCAAGGUGCAGCCUUCACCGAUCAAGUUUCAUUGCAAUUUCAAGUGGAGUGCACCGAGUUCAAGACACUGAUCGGUGACAUCGAGCCAUUCUUUGGUAGGAUGUUCCUUUUCGAUGCCAAUCAAGAGUCACCAAGAGAUCAAAUCAUUUCCGAAGUUUUCCAUUUCGAUUUUGGAACACACCAAGAGUUAUUACCAAAAUCCACUGAAGUUGAACCACCUGCCAAAAUUAAAAAAGCAAUAUUCUCAGUUAAUAGACCAUCUACUCAUAUUUAUUUGAUAGUUUGUUUCGAUAAGGUUAUGAGAGGUGAUCCUGAGGAGACUACAAAGAUUUAUUUCAAUUUACCUGGUAAGCCAAAAGAAAUUGCUAAAUUUAAAGAUGAAAUCAAAGAUAGUCUUCCAAGAUUAGGAAGCUUUAGACAAUCAUUUGUAUGGGGAUGCAUCGAACUCUUUGAUAAUAACAACAAUUUCAUUUAUACAACACCCAAUGUCAACAUAAAAGUUAACAACAUCUCAAAGAUUAAAGGUGAUCUUUACAGUUUCGUUACCAAAGAGAAAAAACAAACAACAAAUUGGGUAGAUUGUUCUGUAAAGAUAGCGUUACUCAAUGGCGAUGCAUCAGAUAGUGCUAGUCAGGUCGGUAGAAUCGAUCAUCUAUUGCGACCGGUUUACAACGAUAAUCCAGCACCAAUGAUUCGCGAGGUCUACAACAUUCAGCAGUCGAGCGAGCAGGAUUUGAAUAUCUCUUAUAGCAACGUGCUCUAUUUCUAUCCAAACCAAAGUUUAGCGAUGAAAUCAAAAUCAAUUUGUCCAGCACAUCUCACACCGAAUCACCAUCUUCUCGUGACAUUCUACCACCUUGGAUGUCGUCCAUCGAAAAAGAACGAGAAGCCAGAGGUUUGUCUUGGCUAUUGUGCUAUUCGUCUUUUCGAGAAUGAGCAGAUCAUUGUCGAUGGAAAAUACAAGAAACCAGUGGCCUCUGUAUUCCCACCAAAGUAUCUGGAUAUGGAGGCAAAGGAGCAGGUCAACACAAAGAUGUGGGUCGAUAACAAGAAGCCGGUAUUCUCAUUCCGUACACGUCUGGUCUCCUCUAUCUACCCACAGGAUCCACUGUUGUCGUUCCUCCUCAAGGACGGAGCUGAAAGCGACCAGAACAUCUUGAUUGAAACAUUCAGAAAGAUCAAUGACGUUCCAAAUACAUUGAAAUUAAAGUUCUUCCCUGCCAUUUCAAGAAUCAUUUUCAAGUGUAUCAGCACCACCUCCAAAGAACUUCAGAAGCAAGCGUUGAUCGCACUGAUUACCAUUGUCGAUUCCAUCAGCAAGGAGCUGAAAGCUGAAGACAAACUGAUGAGUUAUAUCACCUAUGUAUUCAGUAACGGUUCCACCACCGGUACCAAUCUCUAUGAGUCAUUGGUACAGACUUGGAUCUACCUCUUGGAGUCAAGAGAUGAAAAGUCAGUGAUUUCACUCCACUAUGCAUGGUUCCUAUUUGGUAUCAUUCGUAAAUCAAUGAUCUUAGAUAUUGAUAUCAAGAAUUUGUUAAGAAAUGGACGUAAUAGAACCAAUAGAUUUACAGAUGAUUAUUUACAAAAGUUUAAAUCAUUGUUUGAAUUGCUACUGAUUCAGUUGAAGCAAAUUUAUAGUAAGAGUAUUAUUGCCAAAUCAUUCAUUACCAGCACUGCCUAUUUCAUAACCGAUCUAUUUGAUAUUAUAAAGAGAGGUUUCUUAUUCCGUUUAAUACAUUCAUAUAUUAUUGGUCUUGAUAGUUCAAAUUCAGUAAUGGAGCUAACAGAUUUGAAGUUUACAUUCUUAAGAGUAUUGGCAUCCUCUGAUUCAUUCAUUGCUUUGAAUCUUCCAACAACUCAUCAAUUCCCAAAUAUCGUCGAUUUCUAUCAACAUUUCUAUAAAAAACAUUUCUUAAUUGGUAUUAUUUUACAGGAAGUAGGUAGUACAAUCACUGCCAAUGAGAAAGAGAUGAGAUUAAAGGCAAUCCUAACAUUGCGUGAAAUCAUGUCGAGAAAUGAUGUCAAUCCAAAUUACAAUCAUCCUCAGAUUCGUGAGAGAAUUGCAACACUCUACUUGCCGUACAUCCUUAUUGUUGUGGACAAUGUUGAGCUGAUCAAUAACUUUGAUGAAACCGAGUCGAGAUACUGGUUGAUCUGCUUCAUUUACGUGGUGAAGAAUCUUAUCAAUAGCAGUACCAAUGUCAUUGUCGAUUGGUGGAAGAAAGAACCAAACAAACAAAAGAUAAUCACAUUCUUUAAUUUGCUAUCGACCUCUGUUUCAUUGUUUGAGUAUCAAGGUCGUCAAGCAAAAGGACAAGUCAAACAACUGAAUCGUGAGACUGCCAAAGCACUGCUCGAACAAUACACCAACAACAUCUCUGGACCGAAAACAGAGAGAACCUACUCUGUCUCGAGUUCAUCCGAUCGUUUAGUUGGAACAUCGACAAGCACCACCACUAGCAGCAACAACAGCAGCAACAAUAAUGGCGCUUCUUCCAAUCCAAGUACUUCACCAGCUUGGAAAACUCAUCAAUCUUUUAUGGGAUCGUCUAACUCCUCGGUGGAGCCAAUCACAAGCGAGGCACUUUCCAUCAUGUCUGGAAAUCUCAGCCACGAAGUUUCCAUGACCGUGUUGAACACACUUGUAUACUAUAUCAAAGACUAUAAGCAUGAACUGCAUGGCCAGAGCUCAAAGACCAGUUCCGCCAUGAAGCUGCCAGAGAAGCGUGACGUCACAUUGGAUAGAAUCUUCAAGGUUCUAACGAUGCUCAUGAAGAAGCGUCAGUCGUAUGCAUUCGUAAAGAUUGGAUUCCAAGUUCUGACAUCGGUUAUCUCUGAAUACAAAAUACAAUUGUUCAAGGAGAACAACACGAUUUGCUCUGAACUGACACCGGAAAUCUUUAAGUACUGCACAACCAACCACGCUCCAAACCGUCAGUAUGCUACCACCUUGAUUUUCUUGAUGAUUCUUAGCAACCACAAGCUCGUCGAAUUGUUCUCGAGAAUGAAGUUGCAAUCCACUGUCUCCAUCUCAAAGAUUGUCAGUGAGAAAGUACAGGAUUUCGAAUCGUUGCUCACCUUCCUGGAGACGAUCAAGCUUCAAAUGGAUCCAACCAAAACUCAACAAACGGUAUUGAUCUCCAAGAUUGCAACCGAUAAAAUCUAUUCGGAUUUCGAGAGUUUCCUUUCGUAUUUGGAAUCGAUGAGAUCGUCGAAUCCAGAGAUCUCGGCUCAUGUCAGUGAUUUCGAUGGACUGCACGCCUUCAUUGGCAACGCCAAGCAACAGCCGUCCUCUCCCAUUACCAAGUUGUUGACAGAGCCACUCGUCAAGGACAUCGAUGGCUACAUUCAUUGUCUAAAGAAUAUGAAUGUCUCUGAUAAGAUUCUCAAUGAUUUCGACGGAUUGUGUCAAUGUCUAAAGAGCAUCUGCGGUUUCAUCAAGCACGCAUUCGAGAAGUCGACAGUCCUCAAGAACGCCGAACCCAACAAAGUCGUCGCCCAAAUGGAGGAGCUCUACAAUCGUCUCAUCGGUAUCAUCAACAACAGUGUUAAGAUUCAACAACACGGUUACGAUCCCGAGAAAAAGGCAGAUCUCUACCAUCUCCUUUCCAAUUCAUUCUCAGAGUCACCGGAUCUACGUAUCACAUGGCUAAAGAGUUUGGCGACAUUCCUUCAGAACAAUAACAACUGGGAGGAAGCCGGUCAAACCUAUAUUAUUGCCGCGGCAUUUGUUUGUGGAUAUCUCGGUAAGCUUGGACGACUUCCAAAGAACUUGGAAAUCGAUUUCAAGAUGGUAUCGCCCAAUUUCGAAGUCGACAGGAAUUCACUGCCGGAUCCAGCAUUGCUCAAGGCUGUCCAGGGUGAAAUCUGUCAGUUGGAGGAUUUCACAGAGAAAGGUUUCAUCAAUCUGGUGAAGGAAGCGAUCAAGGUUCUCAAGAGAGGUUCAUUCUUUGAAUCGUGUAUCCAGACCUAUCAAUUGGUGCUGCCAACCUUCCAUAAGAACCGUGACUGGAAGCGACAAUACGAAUGCUACUCCGAGUUGGUUGUAUUCUGUAAUCAAAUGAUUUCCGAAUCGGCAAUGACUCAGAGAUUGUUUGCCAACUACUACCGUGUUGCUUUCUAUGGCAAGGAGCUACUUAAGGAUAUGCAUGGUAAAGAGUAUAUCUAUAAGGAAUUGAACUAUGUCCGUCUAUCGGAUUUGUCAGACCGUCUACAACGACAGUACGGUGACAAGUUUGGUGCCGACAAGAUCAAGCUACUUCCAAACAAACCAGUUGACGUUACAACACUGCUUCCAAAUCUCAUUUACUUCCAAAUCAUUUCAGUAGAUCCCUAUCAUACUCAAGAUGAAUUAAAAGAAAGAGUUGCAUCAUUUGAUCAAAACACAAAUUUAAAUAAAUUCAUUUUCGAAGUACCAUUUACUAAAUCAGGUAAAGCUCACAGUGAUAGCAUUACAGAUCAAUGGAAGAGAAAGACUAUUAUAACAACUGAAUCUUAUUUCCCAUAUCUUAAGAAGAGAAUUCCAAUUCUCAAGAAAGAAGAUAUUGAAAUUACACCGAUUGAAGUAGCAAUUGAAUUGAUUCAAAAGAAAUCGAAUGCACUCAAAGCAGAGUUGAAUUCCGGUAUUCAAGUUAAUACUAAAACUCUACAGAUUAACUUACAAGGAUCACUUUUAUUACAGGUUAAUGCAGGACCAUUGGCAAUCUGUAGUUCAUUCCUUGGUUCGAAUGAUUUCGAGAAGCACAAUGCCGAACACUUUACAAGAUUACAAGAUUCGAUUAGAGAGUUUACAAAGGAUCUCGGAUUCGCUAUCAAACUCAACGAGAAACUCACCAAAGCCGACGAUCUGAAUGGUCAAGAGUUACACUUCCAAUUGGAGAAAGGUUACAGAGAGUUUAGAGAAAAAGUACAUAAGCAAUAUGUUAAUCUUGAUCAAAAUGAUUUUGAAAAUAGAGAUUAA